GUCCAUUUGAAAUGAAAGAAAUGUCACAAUAAGUUAAAUCAAAUCAAAUGAGACGAACUGUUUUUUUUGGAGACACUUUUUUUAGACACUUUUAGUUUCUUACACGCAGAUAAUCAUAAAGUCUCUUACUUUAGACUAAAGAAUUGUAGCUGUUUAAACUUAACCGGCCUCGAUUGGCUUGUUCUUUAUUUUCUUGAACAUGAUAGUUAUUACUAGAGAACAAGCAAUAUGCAUGUUUUUUCUGCGAGGAAUACAACGAAGAUAUGUCAAAAAACUAACUAAAGAAGUUGAUGAUUUCGUAGAUGGUGAAAUUUGUUAUACAGAAGAUCCAACAAAACCGAUCAUUUUAAUCAAAAGAACUAUCAACCGAAACCCAUUUUUAUACCACAAGUAUCAACCCAGAGAAUCAGUAACCAACGACAUUACAAUUGAGGAACAAAAGCUACAACUCAUAAGUAAUUAACAAAUCAUUUGUAUAUAUCAGAUAUCUCAUUAAACGUCAAUUUUUUAGGACUUUUGCAAUUUCUCAACACAGUCUUUUUUCCUGUUGAUCAACACAAUGAUGAGGUGUAUGAAAACCUUUUGUGUUCAAUGGGCGAUAUCCUGGCUUAUGUUUGGAAGUAUUCAUAUUUACUUGGACAAAAACCCCACUGGCUUUGGAAGAUGGUGUUCAGGAAAAAGGAUUUAUUUGAUUGGCGCUACCGUCAAAAGAAAAAAAAUUAAUACAACAGUGACC